GUUGCUUUUUUGUUUGGUAAAUGACAAAACUAAAAUUUUAAGCUACGGUAAAAAAAACUUAGCGUUGCUUUUAGUGUUAAAAGCAUUGAUUUUUUUUUUGUCAAAAUAAAAAAGGAAAAACAGAACGACAAAAGAGGCUACUGGAGACACCUCAAUCCUCACCUUCUUCUUCGUUCCGCCUUCUUCGCCCUUCAUCUUCUCUCCAACUCCGCAAGUCACGAACGCUCCCAAACAAUGAAUUGGGCAAUUGAUUUGUCCCGCCAAAACCCAAGCACAGAAUCAAAAAGAAGGCGGGAUAAUCAUAGGCGAUGUUGGGCGGGUGGGCAAUUAGAAUUUUUUAGACCUAAUUAAGUUCUCAUACUGCGCCCGACUCCUCCUUCCACCAAAAUCAUCUCCGCGUGUAUUAUCCCGGCGACGACAAGUUUGUCUUCUUUCCCUGAGGUCCCCGCGCGACAACUCGCAACAUCCCAGGUUAGUUUUCACUGUAGUUCACUUGCGUUUAGGGUUAGUUCACUUCGGUUCCGGUUUAGUAAAGCCAGCGGCCUUUUUGUUCGUGCAGCUUUAGUGUUGCGUGGCCUGGUGGAGCAGUUGUUAUAACAGGCUGUUUUUACCACCUAUUAAUUACACGAGUGGAUAGAUUUAGUUUUGAAUAGUUGUCAUGCUAAAAUAGUUCAAUCUUUGAAAUAAGCAUUUGGCAGUGCAGAUGUUGUUGAUUUUAAAGUUAGAGAGUGUCACAGCAGAGGUGGUCUAGCCAACGGACUAUUGAGAUGGUUUUCCCCCACUAAUACACUGUGCUGCAGACGUCUAUAGCUAGAAAAUUGCAGGUGGAUAGGUGUAAAACUACUUUGUUUCCUGUCUAGAAAAUUGGGGGUGGCUAGAAAAUUGUAUAAGAAUACUUUAUUUACUGUCUGCUGCAUUUUUAAGAAUCGCUGUAUUAUUGUUUGCUGUCUGUUCCAUUUGUAAUAGGUGGAUUAUGAACAUCCGAGUGCCAUUUGCAGGUGGAUAGAAGAGUAAAAAUAGAAAAUUCACUGCUUCCUUGUGAAGAUGAAUCGACUGUUGAUGCACUGGGAAUGGCUGAUGAACUUUUGGAAAAGUGACAAGGCUGCGGUAUGGUUUUAGGAUUUCAAGGAACCUCUGGUUUGUUUUUACUAGCCUUUUUCUUUUUAAUUAGGAAAGGUUGUAUGUAGUAUUAUGUUUAUUUACAACAUACCUGCAUGUAGUGGAAGACCUUCUUCAUAUAUUGAACUUGUUUCAAUCAUUACAACAUAGAGAAGAAGUAGCAAAAAAUAACCGAAGCCAGAUGACAUCAACACACACCUUGGGAUCAUCUGGUUAUGCUAACAAGAAGGAAGAAAUGAAAGAAUCCAGACCAGAUAAGUCAGAGCCAACUGAAGCUGAGGUUUAUGUUGCUGCCCAUGUACAUCGUGAUGGGACUCCAUUGACUGCAAAAGUUACAGAGGUCAUUGAGAAAAUUGCUGAUGGUACGGGAGGAGAUGACCCUCUUACACUUGUCUUAGGGGAAAAUAAGUGUAAAUAUCGGCCUAGGACAUUUGGAUUAGCACCAGCUUGGGCUGUGAGAAACUCUCGCAAGUCAAUCAUAAAGACGGCAUUGGAGGUCCAAAGAAAUGCAGAUGAAAAAGUGGUGAAAGUACAAGAAGAUAUGAAACAAAUGGAAGCUAGACAUCAAGAUGAGAUGAAUCAGAUGAAAGCAGAACAAGUCAGAAUCUUCACUAUCCUUGAGAAGAUGAAUCCAAAUGCACUGUUGAAUUCAACAAGUGAUUUGAAUACUUCGCCUAAUGUUGCUGGAGAUGAACCGAGUUUGGAUCACACAAGACAUGUGGAUGAUGAAGGCAUUCACAAUGAUGACUCAUCUACCCAGGAUGCCUACAAUUUAGGAGUUGGUUCAUUCGUCUCGAUGUUACAAUCUCCACCUAGAAGAGUUGAUAUCACACCAAGAAAUGUACCAAAUAGGAAUGCUAGCCGUACUGAUUCACCACUACAUCUCUCUCCAUCUGUUCCAAAUGCACUUUCCAUAGGAAGAUCAAUGGAAAUGUCAGAUGUUGGUGGAGUGCGCAUUUCUGAAAAUUUGAUUUCAUCUCAAGGGAAUGAGUUUGAAAAUAAUGUUGGUGGAUUUGUUGAUUCUGAUCCUUGUAGUCAGGUAAUAUAUAUUGUCUUUAGCUUAUAUUGUAAUGCACAAGACACAACUAGCUAGGGCGGACCAUGCAUCAACCCGUUCUUCCCCAUAUAGUGUUCCAUUUUUCUUAGUUAUGCCUUGCUUCAUUAGUUGAUAUUCAUAUCGUUGGGACAUAGCACCUAAGCUUGUUUUUUACCCUUUCGCUGUCAUUAGUUCCAUAAUGAACUUUAUAAGUUUUAAGUUUUUCUUCUUUUCGGCUUAAUUGCAAGUUUGGUCACCCGAAUUGCUUAAAAAUUUCACGUUUGCCACCCGAAUUGAUUUAUUCCAUUUAUAGUCACUCGAAUUAGUUCAACAGUCCAAGUUCGGUCACUCUCCGUUAACCUCCGUUAGACUCCGUUAAUGACGGCCGUUAAGUGAUGACGUGGCUAACGGAAAGACACAGUCAGCACAUUUAAACAUUAAAAAAAGUCGACCUGACACGACCCGCCAACUCAGCCUUACCCGCCAACUCAGCCUUACUUGCCCAACCCAAGAACCAACCCAAUUAAUUCACCCUAAACCCAGACCCGAGACCCAACCCCCCUGAAUCCAGCCCUCUCCUAUAAGUCUACCCCCUCAGAAAUGAAUCCCUAACCAUCUGUUCUCUUCCUCUUUGCGAGAAUCGCCCCAUCCCCAUCCCCAUCCAUCUCUUCCUUUCCUCCUCCUCUCACUUCACCUCUACCAAUGGCGGCUCCCUUCUGUCACUGUGGAGAGCCAACAGAUCUAAAGACGAGCUGGACUGAGGCGAAUCCAGGAAGAAGGUUUUAUGGAUGCAGCAGAUAUGGGGUAAGGUUCAUCCACCAUUGUUUUCUUUUUAGUGUUACAAUUCGACUAUUAUGCCGCCUUUUUCAUCCUUCUAUUUUUUUCUGUAGAUGGUGUGUAGACAAAUGGAGCAUGUAACUACUUCAGAUGGCUUGACCCAGCCCUUGAUGAGCAUAUGAGAAAAGUGUUGCUAAAUUUUCAUCGUCGAAUGCGGGAGCUAGAGAAGAGGCAAAACAAGGAGGUGUCCAAGUUUGAUCGGAAAAUGGUGUCGUUCAUCAUUUUAGGAGCUAUUGUAUUUUUUUUUGUUUUGGAUAGGAAAGUGAUAAGUCGUCUGUGUAGCUGUAGGUGUUGUAAUCUGUUGAUGUGUAGCUAGUGAAGUGCUAAAUUAUUCCAUGUAUGGUCACUUGAAUUGCUAAUUAGAAACAUGUUUGGUCACUUGAAUUCCUAAUGCAUUCCACAUUUGGUCACUUCAAUUGCGAUUUUGUUUCAUGUUUGGUCACUGUAAUUGCUAAUUCAAAACAUGUUUGGUCACUUGAAUUGCUAAUUCAUUUCAUGUUUGGUCACUGGAAUUGCUAAUUCAAAACAUCUUUGGUCACUUAAAUUGCUAAUCAAUUCCAUGUUUGGUC